AUGCGGCAGGAAACAGAGAUGAAGGUACACAUGCACACAAAAUUUUGCAUCAUUUGUUUGCUGACAUUUGUCUUUCAUCAGUGCAAUCACUGCCAUGAGGGGGGACACGACCAUAGUCCUGAAGAGGAACAUAUGCACUACCAUAAUGACUAUCAGAUCUCAGAGGCAUCCUAUUUCCAGAAUGGAGGAACAGAAUCUGUACUGAGUAAAUUUUCAGCAUUGGAAGCUGAAAAUGAACAAAAAUACUACAUUGAAAAGAUUUUUGAUCGUUAUGGUGAAAAUGGAAGAUUGUCUUUUUUUGGUCUGGAAAAACUCUUAAUAAGCCUUGGUUUAGGAGAGGUAAAAGUAGUGAUGAUAAAUCAUGAUGAUAUUGGCCAUGAUCAUGUUUCCCAUUUAUAUGCUUUAGAAGUACAGGAAGGAAAGCAUGCUCACUCUCAUAACCAUCCUCAUUUUCAUAGCCAUUCAGACUCUGAAAACCAAACCAUGGUUGGUAUGGCUGCAAAGAGAAAUCAUAAAUGUGACCUUGAGAGAGAAACAACAGUGUCAUCAGUAAAGCCUGAUGGUAAACGUAUUCAUGACCAGAAUCGCCAUCACCAUCAUCAUCAUCCUCAUCUACAUCAUCAUCUUGACCAUAAUGGUACAAACCAUUCUCAUAAUGAUUCAGUUAGUCAUAGUGAACAUAGAGAACAGAACCACGAACCUUCAACAGAAACAAAUACAACACAGGAUCAACCUGAAAGAAAACAACGCAAACAGAAAAAGAGACGAAAAGGAAAGAAAAUCAGUGGGACUUCAGCAGACACUGUACAAGAUUAUGCUCCAGAUCAUGAUCCAGGUGAUCAGCAUGAGCACAAUCAUGUUCAUAAACAUGAUCAUGUACAUGAUACAUCUCACUUGCAUGUACACCUUCGCGAACAUGGUAAUGAUCAUUCUACUAGUCGUGGACAUCAAGAUUCUAGUCUAGGUAAUGAGGAUGGACAGCAUCAUACCAGCAAGCGAGAGGCAUCGCACAAGCGGACUGAUGUAAGAAAACGUGCAGUUUUUUCAACACGUAUUCACAAGGAUCUUAAUGAAGAUGAACAUGAUCAUGAAGAGUGCUUAAAUGUUACCCAGCUGCUACGGUACUAUGGUCUGGAAACCAGCUCUCCAAUAUCUCCUGAAUUGUUUAUAUACAUGUGUCCUGCUCUGCUAUACCAGAUUGAGAGAAGGCUUUGUAUUGUACAUUACGAUGAGCUUGAAGAUUUCAUGAAAAAUAGAACUUCAUCGAUUGAGAAUAAAGAUAAAACAGGUGCAUCAGCCUGGUUUUGUGGUAUCAUCUCUAUCACCGUCAUUAGCCUGCUUUCCUUGCUAGGUGUGAUCUUGAUUCCCAUCAUUAACCAAUGGUGCUUCAAAUUUCUUCUAACUUUCUUGGUAGCUCUGGCUGUAGGAACAAUGAGUGGAGACGCACUACUCCAUCUGUUGCCACACUCACAUGGAGGGCACAACCACAGUCACCAUCAUGGGCAAGGUCACAUUCAUGAACACAAGCGUUCUCAUCGACAUGCUCAUGGACAUGGAAUAGGGACUGAAGGCUUUCUAGAAGAAAAUGAUCCAGUGUUGAAAGGUCUUGUUGCACUUGGAGGCAUUUAUGUUUUGUUCAUCAUUGAACAUUGUAUAAGAAUGUACAAGCAUUACAAUAAACAAAAGAGUAAGCAGAAAUGGUGCAAGAAAAAACAGACUGAAGAAUCACCAAUUGGAAGGAAACUUUCAGAUCACAAAUUAAAUAACAGACCAGAUGCUGACUGGCUUCAGCUCAAACCCCUUGCAGGAGCAGAUGACUCAGUUUUAUCCGAAGAUCGACUUAAUGAAACUGAACUAACUGAUUUAGAUGGCCAGCUGGAAUCUCCUCCCAAAAACUUCUUGUCUGUAGAAGAGGAAAACAACGUGCACCGUUCUCACAAUGAUGUCUCACACGCUGCUCAAGAGCAUGAUCUCCAUGAUUCAGAGUAUGACAGCCAUGGCGAAGAUAAAAUAAUAGCUAGGAAACACAGUCACCACUGGCAUCACAAACAUUCCCAUCAUUCCCAUGGCCACUGUCACUCUGGAAAAGACCUAAAAGAUACUGGGAUAGCUAAUAUUGCUUGGAUGGUAAUUAUGGGAGAUGGCAUUCACAACUUUAGUGAUGGCUUAGCAAUAGGAGCAGCUUUUAGUGCUGGACUGACAGGAGGAAUUAGUACAUCUAUAGCAGUAUUUUGUCAUGAGCUUCCUCAUGAAUUAGGUGAUUUUGCUGUGCUGCUUAAAGCAGGUAUGACAGUCAAGCAAGCCAUUGUGUACAACCUCCUGUCUGCCAUGAUGGCUUACAUAGGGAUGCUGAUAGGCACGGCUGUGGGACAGUAUGCCAAUAACAUCACCUUGUGGAUCUUUGCAGUCACUGCAGGCAUGUUCCUCUAUGUGGCAUUGGUUGAUAUGCUGCCAGAAAUGCUUCAUGGAGAUGGAGAUAAUGAAGAGCACGGUUAUUGUCCUGUGGGGCAGUUCAUUCUUCAGAAUCUAGGCCUGCUUCUUGGAUUUGCCAUCAUGCUGGUGAUUGCCCUCUAUGAAGAUAAAAUUGUACUUGACAUCCAGUUUUGA